AUGAGCGGCGUUGGGCGGGCGGAGUUUGAAUCAGGCUUUCUCUUCGAUUUUGACCUCGCCGUCACUCUCCCAACAAUCUCCUACUGCCGUUUGCAUAAGGGGUUUUAUGAUACGGCCCCAGAGCUCAUUUCUGCCUGGCCAGAGAUUGCCCCACCUCGAGCGCCGGCCCCGCAUACGACGAAGCCAACAGCGUUCGGCUUAUUCCGCGUUAGCCUUCGCAUGUUGGUGACAGCACCCCAGCAUCUAUUAUCUUCUAUAAACUUCGUGAUAGGCAACAUCUCUCCUUUGCGACCUGUGACGUUCCUUUCGGCGCAGAUCGUGUCCAGUCCGCGCUGUACUCUCGAGGGCCUGGCUGAAGGCGAUUUUCUAUUUUGGCAGCUGGUCGUCUACGAAGACUGGAAUGGCGCUAUUAUGUAUCGAGCUCCAGUCCCCGCUGAGGAGCUCGUCCGCAUCGAACCGGAGCGUUCUGCUCCAGUUCUGUACAGGCUCAUUGAAGGAUAUCUGCUUAUGCCUCCUGGCAACGGGGACCCACAGGCUCGGACUACCGCAACGCUCGUCGAGGUGCCGGGGCACGGGAAUUUCACGAACAUUGCCACAUUCGAGACGGGCUAUACUGGGAACACUAUUUACACAGAGCCCUGUGUAGAAUCUCACGUGAAGAUCAGUCCAGUAAUCGAGGCGUUCAAGCCUGGGCCCGAAUAG